UCAGCAGCUGGCUCUCGAGAAGCACUGCAAGGAUCCACUUUCGUCUUCUCUUUCUUAGCAGAUAAACUAUCGGACCAACGAGUAUUUAAGCUAUUCAAGCAUUGAGCCUUGCUGUAAAGAAAUCAAAUUUCACUACCAGAAACGAGUCCAAAGUCGUGAUUUAGAGUCGAUCCAUCAGGGUCUGUAUCGUGUAUAAAGUUCGAAGCUUCUCUAAUUGUACGUACGUAGGUGCAGGAGUACGAUAAACAUUCGGUAAAGCACAGGAUGGCUGUCAAAGAGAAACAAAUUGACCAUACGGAGGAAAUUGAGUGGAAUGUUGACAAUGAAAUACAAUUAUUCUUCGCCAUGAAUGGGCACAAACCAGUUGGUGUCAACAAAUACUUCCACAUGGUUUGUAUCUGGGAAAAGUUUCGUGCCGCGAUACACAAAGAUGUAUCUUUGAAACUUAUUUGGGACCACCUCGAAUCUAUGUAUGACUUAGCUGCGCUGGAUGACACAGAAGACCUUCCAUUUCCAAGCAACGAAACAGAUUUUGUGCUUCCUGAAUCUGAAUUCUCUACCUUUAUGAAAAUGAGAAAGAAGGAUGAGCCGGAUACUAAGAGCAAGGAUGCCCAACUGAAAGAGAAAUACAAGGAAUUAAGAAGAGAUAAAGAUACCAAAGAGAUCCCAAAGAAGGACACGCCUUCUAAGGAUGUAAAAAGCAACAAAGAAGUUGAUAAAAAAAAAGAAGAACCUAAAAAAUCUACUAGGGAAUUAGAUAUGAAAAGAGACAAACUUCGUGACUCCAAGGACUUGAAGAAGGAACACAAAUCUUUGAAGGGACGACCGAAAGGAAAGGAUGAGGACGAACCAGUUUUGACUGGAAAGAAAGAGAGGAAAGACUCAGAGUCAAGUCGCGAUGGUCCAAAACGAACUGUUAAAAGACCAACUAGACAAAGCGUAGACAACACCUCAAAAGCUUCGUCAAGUCCACGAGAUACUCCGCCAUUGAAGCGGCGAAGAAUAUGAAAGCAAUAACAGAUACAGGGAGAUACAAACACCUGGACUUAUUACACUAGACAAAAAUAUCGCGACGUUGCUUACAAACUAAAUACAAUUUGCUGGAGUAGUAUUUAUUUAAUUUUAUAAUUCAACGAUAAUAUUGUAAUGCACCUUGUUAAGUUGUAAGUUUUACAGUGUAAAUAAAUGACUUCACUUUUCUACUGAAA